AUGCCAGGGGACGACAAGGACACGCCCCCCCGCUGUCGACCAGACGAAGUGGGCAGGACGGCCCGAGCAGGGAGAAACGGCGUCUCCAUCACUUUAGUGACGCAGUACGACAUCCACCUGGUGCACGCCAUAGAACAGCACACACAGACCAAACUAAAGGAGUAUCCAGUCGAUGAAAAAGAAGUGAAUAAAAUCCUGACCCAAGUGAACGUGACGCGGCGACAGUGUGAAAUCAAACUGGAGGCGUCGGACUUUGACGAGAAAAAGGAAAUCAACAAGAGGAAGCAGCUGAUCCUGGAGGGAAAGGACCCAGACUUGGAGGCGAAGAGGAAAGCCGAGCUGGAGAAAAUCCGGAGUAAGAAGAAGAAGUUUAAGGAGAAGAUCCAGGAGACGAUGGAAAAACAGAGAAAGGCCCAAGUCAAACAGAGCAUCCGGAAACGCAGAGACCGGCAGAAGAAAGCCAAGACUAAAGCGGCAAAGUGAACCUGAGGAGCAGCCUCUGACGACAGGGGGCGCCGUUGUGCUUUUGUAAAUCAACUCCACAAACAGAACUGUGUAUUUCGUGAUCUAUCGGAGGUGUCCAAACUGUUUCACUGAGGCUAAUGUGGUAGAAUUACUUUAAAAUUCUGCUUUAAAUCACAAAGGUUUUAUAUUUUUGGACCUUUUUUUUUUACUUCAUUUAUACAGUCGAAGUGAUCUUAAAGACGCACUGUGUAACUUUUCCCGCGCGAGGCUCCACGGACACGACCCGCUCGUCUCCACGGACACGACCUUACCUCGAACUUCCGCGUUUCUUCGGAGACGAGCGGGUCAGAUCUGUGGAGGGACGGAUCGCGCUCACGAGAAGAACGCAUUGUUUUAUAUCCAAACGAUGUAAUAAUGCCAUACUGUGGAAUAUUUCAAGCAGUGUAACA